GGGAGAGGGAUCGGAGAGCCAUGAGCACCCCAAAGCCGAGCGGGCUCAAGCCCCCCUCCAAGAUCGGGCGCCCGGGGGCCCCCACCACCAAGACAUCGCCCCCCUCAGCGGGCUCCAAGCCGGUUCCCCCGGCCUCUGGCUCCUCCCCUGGCCCGCCGGACUCUCCUGCCACAGGUGACUUCCAGGUGGGCGAGCGCGUCUGGGUCAAUGGCAACAAGCCGGGCUACGUGCAGUUUGUGGGCGGAACCCAGUUCGCUCCGGGCCAAUGGGCCGGCAUCGUGCUGGACGAGCCAAUCGGCAAGAACGACGGGUCGGUAGCGGGCGUGCGGUACUUCACCUGCGAGGACCAGCGCGGCAUCUUCACCCGCCCCUCCAAACUCUCCAGGACACAGGUGGCUGAGGGAGAUGCCACCAAUGGGGCCCCUGCCACCCCUAAGCAGACCCCAGCUGCCGCCACUCCUGCCUCCACGCCUACCACUGCCUCUGCUAUACCCACUGCCACCCCUGGGGCCACUCCUGCCACCCCGGCGGCCUCGGGGGCCGUCAAGGCUCUGGCGAAGAGUGAGUCGGUGUCCAACCUGUCUGAGCCGGACUCCACCAAGGCCAAGAGGGUUCUGAAGCUGGGCGACAGAGUGCUGGUGAGUGGGACCAAGGCAGGCGUGGUGCGUUUCCUGGGCGAGACGGAGUUUGCGAAGGGCGAGUGGUGCGGCGUGGAGCUGGACGAACCGCUGGGGAAGAACGACGGAGCUGUAGCAGGAACCAGGUAUUUCCAGUGUGCUCCGCGGUAUGGGCUGUUUGCCCCGACCCACAAGGUGACGCGUAUCGGCUUCCCCAGUACGACGGCCCACAGCGCAGCGCGGAGAGCAGGCCUCAGACGCAGCCCCUCCGCGUCCUCCGCCAGCUCCCUCAGCUCGAUAGCGUCCUCUACUGGCGGGAAACCUAGCCGCGCAGGACUGUUGACAGAGACGUCUGCGCGGUACGCCCGUAAGAUCUCGGGGACGACGGCUCUGCAGGAGGCUCUGAAGGAGAAACAGCAGCACAUCGAGCAGCUGCUACUGGAGAGAGACAUGGAGAGAGGAGAGGUGGCCAAGGCUACCAGCCACGCUGGGGAGGCACAACAGGAACUGGCCAUACUCAGACAAGGGCAGAAACAGUAUGCUGUGGAGAUGGAGUCUAAAUUGGACCAGUUGAGGAGGAUGGUGGAGGCAGCAGACAAGGACAAGGUGGAGCUACUCAACCAACUGGAGGAGGAGAAGAGGAGAGUGGAGGACCUCCAGUUCAGUGUGGAGGAGGCUUGCAUUACCAAAGGAGACCUGGAGACGCAGACCAAGUUGGAGCAUGCCCACAUAAAGGAUCUUGAGCAGAGUCUGCUUUUUGAAAAGACCAAAGCUGACAAACUGCAGAGGGAGUUGGAAGACACUAGGCUGGCCACCGUGUCGGAGCGUUCGCGCAUCAUGGAACUCCAACAGGAAGUGGGUGACCUGAAGCAGAGGCUAGCCGCCGCUAAUGCUAACACCGUCGCCGGGGAAGACGCCAAGGAGGUGGAAGUGACGUCACUGCAGCAGGAGAUCACCAGCCUGAGAGAGAAACUGGAUUCGGCCUCCUCAGACAACCAGAAGAGUGCCCAGAGUCUACAAGAGUUGGAGCGUCUGCUAUCGGAGGAGAAGGAGAGAGGAGAGCAGAAGAGGAGAGAGGAGGAGACCCAGAGGGAACAGCAUCAACAGGAGCUGACACGACUACAAGAGGAGAGUGAGACCCUGAAGCAGGAGAAGAAGGACAUGCAACAGCAGUUGGAUGCGUUGCAGCAGCAGAGUGUUGGCUACCAGCAGGAGCUGACCAUCUCUCAGGACAAACUCACAGCAGAGAGCCAACGCAUAGGCAGCCUGAGCAGAGAGAUUGAGGAGCUGAAGCUGUCGACCAAUCAGAAGACUGCUCAGUUGGCGUCGUUACAGGAGGAGAACGGGCGACUGACGCAGGAGCUGGACCUGAACCGUCGCCAGGGCAACGCCCACACACAGCUGGAGCGUAAGCUGUCCAACAGUCAGCUGGAGAACUCUGACAGAGACAACUCCAGUGGGUUGAUGAGCGAUAAAGACAGAGAGCUGGAGACACUCAGGAAUGAGAUUGCGCUGCUGCGUGGGGAGCGUGCGGUUGCGGAGCGUCUGCGUUCGGCGGUGGAGACGCUGGAGAGAGAUAAGGAGCAGCUGCAGACACGACUCAUCACCUUGGAGACGAGGCUACGCUCAGACGCACCAGCAGGGGGAGACAUAACACCCACAGGUGACGCGGCCCUCGAUCAGCUGCGCGAGGAGAAGGAGUUUGCAGAGGGACAGAUCAACUUCCUCAACUCGGUUAUCGUGGAUCUGCAGCGUAAGAAUCAGGAGCUGAAGGCCAAACUAGAGAAGAUGGUGCUAGCGGAGUUCAACGGCAACGAUGAAGACGACGGGUUACGGGAGAGGAAGUCUAAGAAGAAGGCUAAGCCACGCGUCUUCUGUGACAUCUGCGACUGUUUCGAUCAGCACGACACGGAGGACUGCCCGACACAGGCGCAGUCUCCGGACACGCCCCCCCACACGGCGUACCACGGGAAGCGGCAGGCCGACCGGCCCUACUGCGACAUCUGCGAGGCGUUCGGACACGCCACUGAGUCCUGCAACGACGACCAGACAUUCUAGAACUUCUAGAGCAUUCCGUUCGGAACCUUCCUUCCAGAGAACUCUGUUCCGAAUCCACAACCCCGCCCCCUCCCCUACUGCCUGUAUCCAGGCAACCGCACAUACAUUCCGCCCCUUAUCCCUCCAGUCCAUUCUAACCAUUCUAUGGUGUGUGUGUGCGUGUGUGUGAACGUGUGUGUGAGAGAGAGAACGAGUGUGUGUGAGUGUGUCAUGAUUUCUUGGCCAAUUUAACCCCGUGAGAGACUAACCUGUAGUGACGUAGUGCAACCCCCCCCAACUCCCCUAUGGGUCCCCUAUGAGUUCCCCAACCCCCCGACCCUUAUGGGUUCCUUAUGCCGUGUACAGACCAGGAGCGAACGAAGCGACGGAAGUCAUUAUUUCUCUAUGGAGGGCACGCGACCUGCGCUACCAAAGCGAAUUCGCCAGGAGCGAAGCUUCUUGCGCGACCAGAGCGAAUUUUGACGAUUAAACUAAAUCUAAUCGCAGGCGAAUUCACUCUGAUGGUGUUCGGCGAAAACCAAUCGAAACGUUCAUAUCUCCGAAUGUCCCAGGCUGUCAAGCCAGAGCCGUUAUGUGAUUAGCUGAAUCAAACAUGUCAAUGCUGCGUCUGCAGCGAAUACAGCAAAUUCAAGGCGAAACUUCUUCUGCUACCCACGCUACCAGGCAGCGUAGUUCGCUCUUGGUCUGGACACGGCAUUAUGAGUUCCCCAUGCUUAUGGAUUCCCUAUAAUAAGGCCAAAGGCACCGUCCGUAUGGGUUCCCUAGGCCCCCUGCGGAUGGGUUCCUUAUAGACCACUUUGUGUAUGGGUUCCUUAUAGACCACUAUACGUAUGGGUUCCUUAUAGACCACUAUGCGUGUGGGUUCUCUAGGCCACUCUGCGUAUGGGUUCUCUGGGCCCCGUGCGUGUGGGUUCUCUCUAGGCCACUGUGCAUAUGGGUUCCCCCUAGGCCACUAUGCGUAUGGGUUCUCUAGGCACCGUGCGUGUGGGUUCCUUAUGGGUUCCCCAUGCGUAUGGGUUCUCUGGAUUCCCUCGUCUCAGUCACGCCAGCCAAUAGAUGGAUACUAUUAUAAUUAUGAUAAUUAUUAUAAUUAUUGUUAUUAUUGCACUGCUCACUUUAACCCCUUCGUCAUCAAGCACUCCCUUUUAACCGCCAUCCUUCAAAACUAUUUAAGAUACUUUUAUAUGAAAUGUAAAAAAAAGCAAAUCCUUGUUAUAUAUCAUGUCAUGUGUUAUGUUUAUCUCUACAAGACAUCAGUUAUUGAAGCACAAAAUUUGGAUCAUAUUGUAUCUGUCAUUAAUAUGGGAAAGCUGUACAUUUGUUGUGAUAAACCAGGUGUGUUCAGUUUCAAAGCUGCAGUUUGUAAUAUCUAUUUACAUCGAUUUUCUGUUUAACAACAACACACUCUGAUGAUCAACAUCCUGCCAGUUUAAAUGCAUUCAGAUCACUUGCAGCACAUUGGUCAUGUGUCAUAUUCAGGGUUCUAAAUUAACACCAGCCAACUGGCCAAAUGCUGCUGAAAUUUCAGUUUGACUGGUAGAAAAGACCAACUUACUAGCCACUUUGACCCAUUAGUGAGUGUGUGUUUGGCUAGUAAGAUUAACAUCUAUUAGCCAUUUUGGCUGGUGAUGAAAACAGUUUAAGUUAAUUUAGAGCCCUGGUCAUACAGUAUGUUUGUAUCCCUAGAAGAAUAGGAGUUGUGUAGAGGGAUGCAUUUGUCCUUGAAUAAGUGGCAAUACCCUGGUGUCAGAGGUGUCCAAAGUAAACAUAGAAGUACCGUAUUUCCUCCAUUUAUAGCCGGGCUCCUAAUAGCAGCCGACCUCGUUUUGUAACCGGGUGUUGUGAAAAAUCUGAAAAAUAGACACGGGCCCCAUUUAGUAGCAGGGCUCUUUUAGUAGCCGGUGCGUUUUUAAAUGACAAAUUUAGCCUGGCCAGAAAAAACAAAAAAAGGUCAUAGUAACCCGGCUACUAUUUGAGGAAUUACGGUAAAUUCAUUUUGUUAGAACAACAGUAGCACAUGAUAUUACAGAGCUGUUGUUACACCAUUUACUCCAUUGUGCCGAAUGAAAUAGAUAGAAUGUGUUGUUACUGAAAAACUCACAAGACAAGUACACAGGUCUUCUCAUUCGGGUAAUUUACCUGUGUCAGAAGUAAACUGUUUUUUGUUUUUGUUUUUGUUUUCUAACGUUUACUUUCGCCACCUCUGUCUAUGACACCGUUAUACUACACUGCCAUACUGCAUACUACUAUACUACAGAGGCAAAGUGCAGUAACUAUGCCAACAUUGAAACUGAGAAAAAUGCCUUUAAAGCCUCGGUAACAGGUUGGAUAUUGUAGUUACUUUGACAUAGCAAUAUCUGUAAAACAAGACACAUGUGAACCAUAAAGGCUUUGUCACAAGAUAAAGAUGAAGAUAAUGUUCAGUCUAAACUCAAAUGUGACUAAAUAUGUAGUUACUACACUUUGCCUUUGUAGGGCAGUAUACUACAGCUGCAAUAUGAAGGACACACAGGCACACAGACUGCCACAGCAUUGAAGCUAUUUAACAUGUAUUUUGAGAUUAUCUUUUUAUUAUGACCAUGCUAUUAUUUCACGUCACUCAUGUUAGCAGCAUUUAUUCACAACGCUUCAUGGACUUUCUACAAGCAAUUGUGAUGGUCUUUCAGUAGUGCACUGUUUUGAUGUAUUUUACUUGUACUAAUUCAAUAUAUGUUAUAUA